AUGGAGACGACGACGACGACGACGACGAUGACGACGGUGGCGGCGACGUUUGCCUACUAUGCGUGCGUUCUCGUGGGUCUGCGCGCGUGCCGCGGCAUCGCCCGAUGCACGCUCGCCGCGUCGCGCCUCCGCCUCGCGCUCGAGAUCAUCGCGACCCUGCAAACCUGCUUGUUCACGUUCGAGAACGGCGUCGUCGCGGCAACGCUCGGCCGGCGCGCCUACAUCGCCGCGCUCUUCCUCGGGAGCCUCGCCAACCAGCUGGAGCUGUGCGUGGCGCGCGCGGCGUUCCCCGUGGCGCAGGCGAUGCGCGCGGCGCUGCCGUGCGCGGCGCACAACGCUCGCGCGCGCGCGUGGUCGUGCGUCGCCGACCUGCGCGUGUCGGCGGUGCGCGGAGCCUGGUACGAGUUCCUCGCGACGUUGCUUCACGGGUUGUUCUGCGUCGUCGUGAAGGAUAGGUGGCGCCGCGUCGGUUACCCGCUCGCUGCCGUCGCCAGCACUGUGACGACGCUCGCAGGUCUCCAGCUGACGGGCAUGUACUACAACCCUAUCCUCGCCACGGCGGCUCAGUUCGGCUGUGAGGGCGCCACCCGCUGGGAUCACUUCAUCGUCUACUGGAUCGGACCCAUCUUGGCUUCUCUCCUGCUCAGCUUCUACGCGAGGCUCCGGAUAAAGAGGAAUGUUCCCAGAUGCGCGGCGGUGCAGCAGCCCGCAGGAGAGCCGGAGAUCAGAGACAAACGCGGAUAG